CAUGCAUCAAGUGUAACAACAGUUUAGUUUUUCCCGGGAACCUGAAGCAGUGUGUUGUUAAGCGCUGCUGCUCCAAGUGCGAGCCAAGUGCCAAAGUAACGGACUCAGUAGCAACAGCAACAGCAACAGCAGCAACAGCAGCAACAGCACCAACAACGAGUACAACAAACAGUCAAAGGCUGGCGAAUUUAAAACUGAAUUACAAUCAGAGCCCAACUCAAAUCGAGUUUGAGUGUUGACUCCAAAAUUAUUUUGUUUACUUUUUUUGUUGUUGUUGGCCAAACAAACGAAAUUUGUUUUGAAAUCAUUGCGUGCAUUUUUGAUUAUUUUUUUGAAGUGUUUCGAGAUCCGAAGAGAAAACAAAACUCGAAAUAGAAUAAGCCGUUGGAAUCCGAAUGCAGCCGAGCUAAAAAGCCAGGUACAUUUACAUUUUCGUGGAGCUGGUCGGGCCACAUAAUUAAAACGAAACGAGAGCUGGCUACAAAUAUUUGCAUAAAACGCUGUCGGGCUAAUAAGUAAUGAACUAAGCCAACUUAAAAAGGCAUACAGGGCCCUGAACAAAAAACCAUUGCAAAUACAGAAGAUACAUACUACCCGAGUGUCCCUACCGAAAGUCCCUGGCACGCAUAAAGCAUAGAAUUUAUAGAGCCAACGAUUGCAAUACAAAGGGCAACAGCUCAAAAUAUAUUGAAUAAUCAAGUGCAUUGCGCGACUUCUUUGAAAUUUAUGCAACACUGGAAAUAGCGCCACAAAGCCAAAAAGGAUAAAAAUACGCAACAGCGAAAGAGAAACGUAGAUACAGCAAGAGAGGGAGUGAGAGAGAGGAGAGAAAGGGAGAUUGUGAGAGAGGGAGAGGGAAAGCAACAGUGGCAACAUUGCCAUAUAACGGGAUUUUUCGCCUGAUUUACUGUUUGCUGUGCUUGCAGCCAACAGCGGAACAUCAAUCCCUUGCCAAGCCAGCACCUUUUACAGCAACAGCAGCAACAACAACAACAGCAACAAAAUGCGUGGCCGUCACUUGCGCCGACGUUUCAGCCUGCAGCCCUCGUUCAUGAAGGAUGACAGCGCCGAGGAUAAGCCCAAGCGUGACAAAGUGGGACGCAAUAAUGCUGUGGACGAUGCCAUUGGACCGGCAAAUGCACGUCAUAAAAUUGUGGUCAUGGGCGCGGCCAAAGUGGGAAAAACUUCGAUAAUCACACAAUUUCUGUAUAACACAUUCACUACGAAAUAUAAACGGACCAUCGAGGAAAUGCAUCAGGGUAACUUUUCAAUUGCGGGCGUUAGCCUAACGCUGGACAUACUCGAUACGGCCGGCUCCUAUGAGUUCCCAGCAAUGCGCGCCCUAUCCAUAUCGUCGGCAGACGCUUUCAUCCUGGUCUACGAUGUCACCGAUGCGUCCACAUUCGAGGAGGUGCGGGCCAUACGAGAUCAAAUACAUGAGACAAAGGCAACCACAGCGGUGCCAAUUGUGGUCGUUGGCAAUAAGGUGGAUCUGCUGGCCGAGGACAGUGAACUGCGCGAGGUGGAAUAUGCGACAACCGAAUCGGUGGUAACUGUCGAUUGGGAGAACGGCUUUGUGGAGGCAUCGGCGGCCAACAAUGAGAACAUAACACAGGUAUUCAAGGAGCUGUUGGCCCAGGCCAAGAUUACGUACAACCUGAGUCCGGCGCUGCGUCGCCGCCGGCAGUCGUUGCCGCAACAAAUUGGCAACAAUGGGCCCGGUACACCGCUGCACCACCAGCACCACCAUCACCACCACCAUCAGCAGCAACAGCAGCAGCAGCAUCAUCAGGGCUCGUCGCACGGUUCCGGCUCCGGUUCGGCCUCCACAUCGUCGGGCGCUGCCGGGGGCGGGGCGCAUGGCUCCCAUACGCCAACGCCCGCUCAACUGCAGCAUCUGCAGCGCAUCCAGGAGCGCAGCCUGGGCGCCAAGCGCAACUCCUGCACCAUUUCCUAAGCCAAUCAAGGCAUUUAACUAUGUAACUGAAACUGAAACUGAAACUGAAACUGAACAAACGGUCUCCUACAAAUGGUUUUCAAUGUUUCACAAAUAAUAAAAGUUUUACAAUUUAUGGAUUUACGAUCUUAUGUACUCACGACUCAAGUGUACCUCUUGCUACUAACUUUAGUACCUAUCUAGAGCAAGUUUUUCGCUCAGUCUAAACCACACACGCUAACCUCUAUCCCUGUCUCUCUCUCUCUCUCUCUCUCUCUCUCUUUCUGUCUCCAGUUUCGACUACUUACCUAUUUUUAGCAGCAGCUAACUUUAACUAAAUUAACUACAAAUUCACAUUCCAAUAUUAAUUAUAUAUUUCUACAAAUAUACAUAUUAAAAAAAAAUUUU